CCGUGCACGUGAGUGGAAGUGUUUUGUGCGUGAUUUGAUAGUUUCAUUGCGAGCAAGAACUGCGGACGGAGAUGUUGUUGACAAACGGUUACGGUGCUGCCUGAUGACGACGAAGAGGACGCGUCCGGUCGGUUGUUGAACAGCGUCAGCAUUGUUCGGAAUUUUUAGUGCUAUUACGACGAGGAGACGGAGCAGACAAGAAUAACAAGAAGACAAAUCGAAGAAAAGUGCUGAUAGUACACUGUUGUGAUUAGUUGCGGGUCGUACUGUGUAGUGAUAUUGGGAACAGAACUUGGCUGGCUCGGUUCUAGCGGAUGAAUGGCGGCAUCUUUAUCAGUAGUUGGAGUUGUGCGACUUGUGGGUUUGUGAUUUUUUUUAUAAAUUUGCAUGAGUGCCUAAGAAGAAAUAGUGGCUGUGGUUUGCUAUUUUUGGAUUGAAUCAGGCGAAGAGCGAAUGCCAUGUCGUUUGAAGUGAAGCUUAACGAAAUUGCGUGAUUUGUGAGACAACCGAAAAGAGCUGCUGUUGGUAGUGAUUUGAUGUGUAGAAACGAAUUCUUUUUUUUUUCAACAAAGAGCAUUUUUGGAGCAAUAAGAAAGUUUAAAUGAGAUAAUGCACCGGAAAUAAUUGGUCUGUGAAGCAAAACAAAAAAAAAAGUGGUGUUCAGGAAGAUCUGUGAAAAGUUGCGAAAACGGUCUUUCUUUGACAGUGAGAGUGGUGCAAUCAAAGCGUAAAUUGAGCGAAACCAAACAACCAACGAAAGCAAAACAAAACGAAAAAGUUGUGAAUUUCAAGAAGAAAUUGUUAUGAAGUGGUCGGAUCUGGCCGCGAAUGUGCAACUGUCAUAAAAUGAUUUAACGAACAAAUUGUUUCGCUUAUUACUCACGGAAGGAGCAACACAACGAAGAUCGAGAAACAAUCAUAAAGAAAAGACGCUACGGCGGUGGAUAGAGGAGAUAACCUUUUGGAUUAAAUACAUUUGCGAUCUGAACCGAGCGACUGACAGCUUCCAAAGAUGCUGAAGCACGUGCAGAUUUCGCCAAUGCGUAGCCGGUCCGAUUCGCUCUCGAUGCGGUCGUCGACCUCCUGUGCGUCUUCUCUGUGCGGAAGUCCUGAACCACCGAACGAGCAGCUCCGCAGCCACUCCCGGGCGUCCAGCUAUUCCAGCCUGAACGAAACCAUUCCGCAGACAACCAUCAAAAUCUAUACGGCAUGCCUCCGCCAGGACAUUGAGUAUAAAACGCUCGGCAUAUCGUACGACGCCACCAGCAAGAGCGUCGUUCAGCAGCUGCUCAGAAGAUGCAAAAUGCGACAUCGCGAUCCGCGGCUGUUCUACCUGACGAUGGAGGUGACCGUGCGGAGGCCCGGCGUUAAAUCGCUACUGGAACUGGACGACGAAGCGAGACCGGCGCUGCUGCAAGCGUGCCAUCCCAAGGGGGACUCCAGAUUUUGCCUCCAACAAAAACCUGGCGGUCUAAUUCGGGUUCACACAUCGGCCCUGCAGCCCAACUCCCAGUACAAGUCCCUGCUCAUCUCCGAAGAAACCACCUCGGAUGAACUGCUCGCGCUGCUCCUGUCCUGCUACAACUCGAUCGAACCGGUCGAACAGUUCAGCCUGUACGAAGUGUGCCCCGGUCAGGAAUACCAACGAAAGCUCCAUCCGGACGAUCUCCCCCUGAAGACGCAACUCCAACGCCAACAGAAGAACGAAAUCAUGCACUUUCUGGUGCGCCGGAACCCGAACUACCCGCGACGGCGCCAAAUGCUAGCACCCAUCUCCGAGUCCAACAAACACUUCAUCAUCGGCCCGUCGUCGCUGACGCAGCACCGGCUAUCGCUGCAUUCGUCGACCUUCCCGAUCAGUGCCGUCACCACUCCGACCAACACCCUCAUCUCGGACAUUGUCGAUGGAGUUUCCUCACUGAGCAAUCUGAAGGAGUCGAAAAGCUUGGCCCUAAGGGAAUCCUGCCUGUCCUCGUCCGCGUCCUCGUCUUCGUCGUCUUCGUCCUGCAGCAGCAGCAGUAGCAGUUCGAGUAGUAGUAGUAGUCGAACGAGUGAAGACAACAACAACGACGAACGAAGCUGUUGCCUGCAGUGCAGCAAAUCCAGUGCAGGCGAAUACAGCGGGGAACAACAGCAGUGCGAACACAGUAGAUCGGUGGACGUGGUUGACGGUGCCAUCGAUGCCAAUGCCGUUCCAGCAGUCAAGGCCCGCAACGUCGACCGGUGCCUACAGGCACCGCCACGGCCAUCUAAAGCCUCGCUGCUGCCUUCAUCGCUGCUGAUGGCCCCAAACGCACCUUCGUACAGCCCGGUGUACAACAUCCGUGAGAUAAGGACCGUGUGUAACUCGUUCUCAUCACUCGGAAUCGACAAAAAGCUGGUGGAUAUCGAGCGGAUCGAUUCCCGGACCAGCACGGCCAGCAUGACGGGGAAUGUGACGAGAAGUACCGUCGUUAAGGAGGCCGUCAACACCGAUCCCAUGAAGGGGGUGGGGAAUUUCAUCUAUAUCUGAACGAACGGCAAUCGAAUUAAUGCGGAAGAUGAGUCCCUGCGGUGCGGCGUUGCCUGGGAACAAAUCGAAAACAACGAUCAAAACAGCUAUUUGUCACCGAUUAUUCGCACGCACACCAACCAAUUCGGGGGAAAUCGAAAUGGCGCGCCAAAAUGACAACUUUUAUUAUUACAUUUGUUUCGUCCUAGUCACCGUUAUUAAUGUUAUUAAAUCGAUUUUAUUUGAUGUUU